UCUUAUCCAUGUGGCUAUGAUCACAAACGACUGCGCGUCUAAUCCGUCUGUUUAUGAUUUGUAACAAAUAUUUUGCAUGUUCACACCGCCGACAAAAUGUCAGAGUCCGUGUCUAGAUUUCAAGCGGAGGUGGCUGCGGUUUUGGAGGUGUUACUGAAGGUAGCCGUCGUGGAGAUAACGAAAGUUUUCGAAGGACGCUCAUUGGAGUCCCAUGGCUGCACAGUCAACAGAGAUCCUCAGAUCAAAGAAAAUGUGCUAUCUAUACCUGACAUCAGGGCUCAUAUGGAAAGUGCAUUGACUAAUUUCACUGACAAAAUGGUUUGUAGUGUCGGUGUGCAGGUGGAAGAGUCAUUGCUAUCCCAACACCACGAUGAGUGCAUGUCUAGUGUGAGAGGCAAGGCUUGUUUGCAGGGAUCCACAGGAGAGGAGGGACUGUCUCCCUCAGAAACUCUCUGCAAGGCGUCCCCAGAAGUUGUGGAUCUGCAAUGCAUGGUUGGUCUUCCAUGCACCAUCUUCAAAGAAAAUGGGAUUUGUGUAGGAAAAGGAGAUGGCUUAAUUCAGGAUACACCAUGGACCGGCAACUUGAAGGAGCAAGGGACAACUGAGGAAAACGAUCUUCAAGGACUUGGUGCCCUUGUGGAUUCCUCUUCAUCCUCUAUGGUAGAGCCAGAGGCUCACCCAUUCAACUCUGUUCUUGUUCCCAGUGCAGAGCUUUCUACAGACGUUAUAGGCCAGUGGGACCUUGGCCUUAUGGAAGUAAAUUCUUUACCCUCUGUUAAAAAGACACCCUACAUAGAACCUCCUCAGUCCAGUGAAAAUGCAACUGAGCCAACAAAUCUCAACCAGGCAUCAGGUAACAGUGCCGUUGAGGUGAGACAAGCAGGUUCCAAUGUAAAGAAGAUGCGUUUCCAGCUUAGCAAAACGCCUUUCGAUUGCAAAUUGCUACGGCCUUGCUCUGUGCAACUUGUAAACCUUCUGAUGUUCUCAAGUGGCGUAAAGAAAAGGACAAAUGGUUCAAGCAAAAAGUGCUUCUCUACACCUAAAGAUCUGCGAGCCCAUCAGCGUGUCCAUACUGGGCGACGUCUGUGCUGCUUUACAGAGUGCGGGAAUGGUAUUUGGCGUCUGCAGGGUAUACUCCCUUAUGGUUGUAAGAUCUGUGGCAAAAAGUUCAAACGCAGGAAGAUCUUAAAGCGACAUGAGCGCUUUCACACAGGAGAAAAGCCGUAUUCAUGCAGAAAGUGCAGAAAAACAUUUGCCCUACGGAAAAGUUUGCGAAGGCACGAAAGGUUCCACACUGGAGAGAGACCUCACCCCUGCCCUCACUGCGGAAAAGGUUUCCGUCUCAAGAACAAUCUCAAGGCUCACUUGCGCUUUCACACUGGUGAAAAGCCCUUCACUUGCAGUCUGUGCUCAAAGAGCUUUAGGAUCUACAAGAACCUUGAGAAACACAGACUCACUCACUCUGCGGCAAGUAGAGCUCAAUCUGUUAAAUAGCUCAACAAAAGUUGUGUGUGCUUUGACUGAAUACAAAACACCAUAUUUCUACCUCAGCUAAGAACCAUUGGCUAAAUGUAACGCAAAGCUGACCCACACUGAAGUACAAGAAGAAGAAAGCGCAUUAGGGUGACUAAUUUUUUAAGUGUCCUUGUUUCGUUUUGUCCUGAUCAAGUUGAAUAGACUUGUUGUUUAGCAUGUUGAUCAGGAACAUUUGUGGACAGAUUUCUUCUGUUGUAAAUUUUGUUAAAUAUAUUGGAAAAAAGAUUUAUUUGCCCCAGAUUGCAUCUGUAUAAAAAUACAAACUAAAACGUCCUUGUUAAAGAACAAGAAGGUUGUGUGUUCAAAUGUUUUUAAUUUUCCAAUAACUAAGUCCUGGACAUUGGAGGAUGCAGUCAUGUAGUCCAACGCAAGCAGGUUUGGCUGAUCCCCUGCUUAAUGUAAAUACUAAAAUCACAUUGAACUCUUGGCUUCUUGGAUGUUGGCCAUCCGGUAGUCUUCUAAAAAAAACAACAACUUUGAUUUCACAAUUUCAUCUAUCUGGAAAUAUUUGUUUGGAUGAACACUGGAUAUUAUCAGGUGCUGCAGGAUUCAGAGGACUUGAAAUUACUUUUUUUUACUGUGAUUUUUACUUUUUGUUACAGUGAUUAGUUGAGUAUUUCUUUGGUGUGAUCUGUUCACUGUAAGCUCAAAAUUUUUAAAAGCUGAAAAAAGGCAAUUACCCUUUUGCUCCCAUUUUCUACCAUGGCUUUUAUAUGUACUUUUCUCUUUUAAAAUGUUUAAAUAGUCAGAGAGAGCUUAUGAACAUGUAUUUGUUUCCUUUUUUUAACCAGAAACAUCAAGUGUGUGCUUUUAGUUUGAUAUUAAAAGGUGCAAUGAUGUAGUAACACAUUUGUGAGUUUAUAGCAACAAAAAAAAAAUAAUAAUAAUAACAAUAUUUUCAAAGUAACAUUUUUUUAUACAUAUUGUUUUAACAUUCCUCGUAGCCAUUAUACAAAACCUAAUUUUCAUUUUAAAUAAAUUAUUACCUCAAUUCUUUGGGCUGUUUUUCAGUUUGAGUAACCAAAAAAUCAUUUGAUAUUGUUCUUUUACAGCUUGGGAAAUGCAGAUCUUAGUCAGGUGAAAAAUAGUGCAAAGCUCUGUUUAAUAGAAAUGUAUUAAAACCUAAAUAUCAGCAUUUUAUCUACCCUGACAAUGUCCAUGUUUACUCUUUUCUAGAUUACCUUCAUUUUUAACCAAACUGUUUUGCCAUUUUUUUUUUUACAUGAAAUUUUUAUUUUGGGGUGGCGAAGAUUAGUAGUUAAAGAUCAAAGUUAGUAAUCUUAAAGUUGUAGGUUUGAAACCUACAAACAACGAUUCGUGAGCAUUGUGCCCUUAAGCAAGCCAUUUUUGGUUGCUCCAGAAGUACUUUCCCUGUAGUAAGUACUGUACUCUGCAUAAACAUGUCUACAAAUUUACUAGAUUCAGUUUUUCUAUUCUCGAUCUUGGACACAAAGCUUAAGGCAUUCUUUUAGGAAAGAAAAAGUGAAUACACUGCUAAAUCACAUGAAUCUGAUGAUCUCAUUUGACACUGAUGGUUAAAGGGAUAGCUUCACCCAAAAAUGAAAAUUGUCUCAUUUACUCACCCUCAUUCCAUCCCAGAUGUGUAUAACUUUGUUCCACUAAACACAAGCAAAGAUUUUUAGAAGAAAAUCUCAGCUCUGUAGGUCCAUACAAUGCAAGUGAAUGGUGACCAGAACUUUGAAUCUUCAGAAAUCACAUAAAGGCAGAAUAAAAGUAAUCUAUAAGACUCCAGUGGUUAAAAUCCAUAUCUUCUGAAGCAAUAUGAUAGGUGUGGGUGAGAAACAGAACUAUUUAAGUCCAGUAGGUGGCGAUAUGCACGAAGAAUGCAAAUUGCCAAAAAAACAAACAAUUUGAAAGUGGAGAUUUAUGGUAAAAUUAUAAUAUCGCAUAUGAAAAUAUGGAUUUAACCACUGAGUCUUAUGGAUUACUUUUAUGCUGACUUUAUGUGAAGUUUGGAGA